AUGAAAGGAACUUUCUCUGACACCCCUGCUUCUUACACUGUUGAGGCUGCCUUCCCAUGUUGGGCAUGUGGCCGGGUGUACCGACGAAUGUCUACUCUGCAACGACAUGUGCGAUAUGAGUGUGGCAAGGAGCCCCAGUUCGCCUGCCAGUGGUGCCCCUAUCGAGCCAAGCAGAAGAGUAAUUUGGCCACUCACUGUCGAAUGUUGCAUCCAUUGGCUCAAAGUGAAAAGGGCCACAACAUGUAGUGAUGUGUACAGAAACUCAUUAAAAACAUUCUGUGCUCUUAAUCAGUUCAUUUUAUGCAGCAGUCUCCUUUCUCCUCACAUUCCUGAUCCCACUACUUCUUCCAAGCAUACUUACUUUCAGUUUUUGUCUCCACUUCGUUGCAGGAGGAGACGUGGGCUUUGUAUGCGGCGUUUGUAACAAGUUCUACCGCCACCGCUCAACACUACGCCGCCACUGGCGCUUUGAGUGUGGUAAAGAACCACAGUAUGCAUGCCCUGUGUGCCCACACCGUACCAAGCACAAGCACGACCUUGUGAAACAUGUGCGAGCAGUCCACAGUCCACAGUGGCCUGCUCCAACAUCUUUGCCACCCCCAGCUGUGCUGCCUCCUGGCCCACCUCCGCAGCAACCUGGUCCACCCUUACCACCACUGCCACCUGCACAUCGUUGAGCUGAGUAAGGCAUCCGUUGCAGGUGCAGGAGCAGGAGGGAGUACGGACUGCGGUGAGCAACGCCAAUAUACAUGUGGAGCAUGCGGCCGCCGGUACAAGCACAGCUUCAGUCUCAGCCGACAUCGUCGUCUAGAGUGCGGCAAAGAAGCUGCCUUCCAGUGUGUGGAGUGUGGCUUCUGCACCAAACGCAGUGACAACCUUUGGGCACACGUGCGUGCCCGCCAUAUGCGCAAUCGCACAUCUGCUGAUGAUCCUGCUGUAACCAGUGGAACAAAUGCUCCUGUUCCUCAAUAUCCUCGGGCACCAUUUCCCUGAGUAAUUGCUCUCAAAUGCAUAUAUACCUGCUCUCUGUUAUUAUUUCUUCCUAACUUCUUCCUGUGUGCUCAUUCUUAAUCCUGAUGAAUCAUGGCUGUUUCAUAUAUCCACCUGCUACUUCUCUCAUCUUCGUCAAUCCUUGCAUCAUGCCACUACUGUGGCAGCCACUGACAGCCACAUGCCUGUUGCAGCACAACCACCUCCUGCCCCACCUGCUGCACCAGCUGUAGUGCACCCUGUGCCAGCAGAUGCUGGCUUCCCCUGUGCACUGUGCAAGCGACGCUACUCUCAUCUCUCAACACUGACACAUCACCUUCGUUACGAAUGCCGAACCAAGCUCGCUUGCCCUGUCUGUGGACGCCGCUUCAAACUACGUAAUCGACUGCAACGACAUCUGGCAACUUUUCACCCUGGUGCUAGCGGCAGUGGUCCAGCUCCAUCAUCUCAUUAGCUCUGAUUUUUAGUUUGUUGCAUCUCAGGUGGAAUAAAUGUUGCAGCAGUAUGUGUUUGUGACUAAUGAGUAAUGAUUGAAUGUGGGUAAAUAUAGUGGAACAUUUUCCGGUACCUGUUUCCAGUUGUGGUGCCUUUCAGAAAGUACACAGUGUGCACCCUGUGGACCAGGUACAAUGCUUGUAAAAAAUUAUUGUGUGGUCUGAAGUUGUCUGUAUACAGUUGCUACUAUACAUUUUGUUUCUUACAUGAGACUAUUGGUUCUGGGUUGCAUUAGUUAUGAUCACAGCACCAAGAUACGGACUUGUUCUACAGCCCUGAACUCUUCUAUGUGCCCUGUGAUUUAAUCUGUAUAAAUUUAAAUAAAAUAUUGUGUACAGAAAUAUUCUGGUGUUUGAAAUAUAAAUUCUGCACUCCACCUAGCCUCCUGACAUCAGGCUGAUGACACUGGAAAAAAUUCAGUGACUGAGAAUGGUGGUUAGAAUUGGUUGAGCACUGAGUAGUGUAUGCGCUGGCGUGUUGCAGGUCAAGAUAUGAAAGCAGUGAAUUGGACUCCAAUGCUCCCUACAGGACCCCUAAGACCACCUUUGCAGCGUGGCUUUGCAUGUGCUCGUUGUGGUCGUUGCUACAGCCACCAACCAACUUUGAACCGGCACACCCGCUUUGAAUGUGGCAAGGAGCCACAAUUUCCCUGCAUGUUGUGUCCACACCGUGCAAAGCGGAAGAGUCAUCUCGUGUCUCACUUACAGACAGUGCACAAGCUUGAACUAUGAUGUCAAUAUUCCUUGCAAUUCUCAUCCAACCCGAUCUUCAGCUUGGCACUCCCCUCUGUAUUUAUUUAAGUGCAAUAAAGAAAUGUUACAAUUGUUUUGUCUUCAACCAAUAUCCUACCCAUUUAUUUCCUUCCUGUAGCCACAACUACAGCCUUUCCAGCUCUUUUCUGUUUCAGGAUUGGAAAAGUGUGGUCAAGUAGUGGACUCAUUUACGGGAAAGCCUGAGCCUUCUUCCUUUCUCUGUAAAAC